CUACCGAUAAGCCCUUAAAUCAAAACCUUCAACGAUUGACGUUCCCCUGAAACGAAUUUCAUUUUCACUCUUCAUUUUACAAUCUUUUCAGAAACGAUGAUCGGUGGCGGUGGUGGUGGUGGUGGUGGUGGUGGCAAUGGCGGUAAUGGUGGAUCCAAGAAGAGGCACCGUGUCGGAAGCAACAGCCGUCUCUCAUCCACCGCUGCGCUGAUCGAUUCUUCCCGUACCGACGGAACCCUAAUUGAAGCGUCUCACAAACCCUUACCAACAUCAUCCAUCCGGCGAUCUAAUUCCCGCCAUUCAAUCCUCCCUCUGCCGUCGCCCGUCUCCAAUGGCUUCAAUGAUCCUGCAACCGCUGACGUCAUCCUCCGUCUCUAUCUUGAUCAGUCCUCCCCCUUUGAUUCGGACGAUUCCGAAACGGUAUCGGCUGUUGAUUCGACGUCGGAGUUUCAGAUCUAUCUCCACUCUUCCGUUCUUCAGCGUUCCAAGUAUUUUUCCGCGCUUUUGUCUGAUCGUUGGAAGAAAGAUUCCGGUGAAAUUGAUUAUUACCGGUUCAAUUUAGCCGUUCCGUCUUCUGCAGGUUCUAUCAACAAUCAUGUGACGGUUCUUCAACUUCUUUAUACCAAUGAAAUAUCGAGCACCAUCGAUUCGGCGUCAACAGCACUGGAGUUACUUCCGAUUGCUCUGGAAUUACUGUUUGAGGACUGCGUAACGGCCUGUGUCCGAUACCUCGAAGCAGUGCCAUGGACAGAGGAGGAAGAGAAAACUGUGUUGAGUUUGAUUCCUCUUUUACGAGAUGAGGAGUCUUCAGAACUAUUAGCGAGGGUCUCACCUCCUAAAUCAGACUUAUCCGAGGAAAUGCUUCAUGGAUUGAUAUUGACAGCGAUUCAUAAUCAUCCAAACAUGGCGUUCGCGAAGGCGUUCGUUGCAAAGCUACUGAGGGACUUUUCAUCCAGGGAAUCCGCGAGGAGAGUGUUGGAUAAGUCUUUUGAGACCAGUUUGAAGGUGGUGAAGGAGUCGUUGGAGGAGUACUCUAGUCCGGACUUCCGUGGGGAUCAUAACGAGACGGAGGCGAUUCAGAGAUUGAAUUUGCAUACUGCAAUGACGAACGGGAGGCAUUUGCUGUGGCUGAUUGAGCGGAUGAUCGAGCUUAGAGUGGCGGAUACAGCUGUGAAGGAGUGGAGUGAGCAGUCUGCUUUCACAGCGGACUUGCAGAGGGCGUUUAGGGAUGAUGCCUGGAGAAAUAUCGUUCCCGGUCUUCCUGCUGUAGUUCUGAGAUGUACCUGCAAGCUCGCCAAUGCGGUUGCUGCUGGUGUUAUUUUGGCUUCUAGACAGGUUCGGAUGAAGUUGGUGAAAGAUUGGCUGCCAGUCUUGAUUGUAUGCAAAGACAAUGGCACACCAAUGCUGACAAAUCAUAAAUCAUUGUACUUAGAACUGGAAGAAAGAUUCUUGAAAAUCAUUUUGACGCUGCCGAUGUCUGAAGCCCAAGAACUGUUGCAGCAGUGUCUGAGCUUUUCGACUAGAAAUGUGGAGGACUGCCCUCAUUUGGUCUCGGCAUUCACCACCUGGUUUCGGCGUGCAAACCGACAAUUACCAGGUGAUCAGAACCAACUUCCUGAGUCCUAAAUUAGUAGCGUGUUAGCUUUACUUUGCGUGUUAAGUACAGCAUUGUGUAUACUAAACUUGUAUUUUGGAACACUUGUUUGUGUUUUGUACAUAUAUAACUGCUGCUUUGUUGCCUGUCUUGAAAUAUGUUUGUAAUUGGAUGGUUCUAAUAUAUGGGUUGGUCUUCAAGUA